UGAUAUAGAGACACUGUUUGUCAUGCAGGGAUCAAUCAAUUUCACAAGACACCGGACAGGGAGUGGUUUGAAACUGAUGCUGUCUCGAGGGUGAGCUUGGGGAACUUUCUCUUUUUCACGAUCCUUGCUAUUAUGAUGAUUGGGGUGAAAAAUCAAAGGGACCCUCGUGACGGUAUUCACCAUGGUGGAUGGAUGAUGAAAAUCAUUUGCUGGUGCCUAUUGGUAAUCUUCAUGUUUUUCCUUCCAAAUGAGAUCAUCAGCUUUUACGAGUCCACUUCAAAAUUUGGCUCGGGAUUCUUUCUUCUCAUUCAAGUCUUCCUUUUGCUGGAUUUUGUUCAUGGAUGGAAUGACAAAUGGGUUGGAUAUGACGAGCAAUUCUGGUAUAUUGCUUUGUUUAUGGUUUCACUUGUUUGUUAUGUGGCCGCCUUCACCUUCUCUGGGGUCCUCUUUCAUUUUUUCACACCAUCUGGACAUGAUUGUGGGCUCAAUACCUUCGUCAUUGUCAUGACUUUGAUCUUCGCGUUUCUUUUUGCUGUGGUUGCCCUGCACCCUGCAGUAAAUGGAAGCAUCUUGCCAUCUGCAGUUAUAUCUUUGUACUGCAUGUACCUCUGUUACAAUGGACUUGCUAGUGAACCAAGGGACUAUGAGUGCAAUGGUCUUCAUGCGCACUCUAAAGCUGUUUCCACUGGGACCCUUACUCUAGGUCUGGUCACUACUGUUCUUUCAGUGGUCUACUCUGCCGUCAGGGCUGGAUUUUCUACAACUGUUCUCUCCCCACCUAGUUCACCUCGUGCAGGUGCAGGCAAGCCAUUGCUGGCCCUGGACAACAAGGCAGAAGAGCAGGAAGAGAAAGAGAAGUCUAAGCCAGUCACAUUCUCAUACUCUUUCUUCCAUAUCAUUUUCUCUCUUGCGAGUAUGUAUUCUGCUAUGAUUUUGACUGGGUGGUCGACAUCAGUUGGAGAAAGUGGAAGGUUGGUGGAUGUUGGUUGGCCGUCUGUCUGGGUUUGAAUUGUCACCAGCUGGGCCACUGCAGCCCUCUACAUUUGGUCUCUGGUUGCUCCUAUUCUGUUCCCAGAGAGGGAAUUCUGAGCCGACCAUGAUCGUUGGAAAGCCUGCAAGUGCGUAUAAACCAUGACCUGGUUUUUAUGUGGACUUCUUGUAUUCAUACUUUCUGUUUAUUUCCAACACGCAAGAUCCAUUUUCCA